GGAGGGGAGAGGAGAGGAGAGGAGACGAGACGAGACGAGAGGAGGGGAGAGGAGAGGAGAGGAGACGAGAGGAGACGAGAGGAGACGAGAGGAGACGAGAGGAGACGAGAGGAGACGAGAGGAGACGAGAGGAGAGGACCGUACCGCCGCCGCAUGAAGACAUGAACAGAUAGACAUGGAGGUGGAACGUAAAGACAUUUGUUGUUAUUUUUGUUGUUGUUGUUGUUUAUCCAAACCCAGCGCGUUUCAGCGAGGCACCCUGACAGACCGCACGCCAUGCCGUCGUUAUGGAAACGUUUGACCUUUUCCUUCGCCACUCUGCUCUGCGUGCUCUCUGCCACUCUGCUAAUGGUGGCCCUGGCGACGGAGCGCUGGGUCAGCGGGAGGAUCCUGUGCGGUACCGGGGCAGAGCUGGUCAGCGCCAACUGUACAGAACUGGACAAGUUUACCGGACACGUCUACUACGGGUUGUUCCAGGGUCAGAAGACGAGGAGGUGUGGACUGGGAAACCGUAGCUCCAAGAUACACAUCUUCCCUUCUCUGGUCCAGACCCUGAACACAGGUCUCCAUGUGAUGGUGAUCGUCUUCCUGUUGGUGGCGGUGGGCUUCACUCUGCUCAGCCUCUCGUUCUCUAUCUACAACGCACGCAAGGUUCCCUACCAGAGCAUUAAAGGCACCGCUGGACUCUACAUCUGGAACACAAUAGCAGGGGUGUUUGGGUCGUUAGCUGUCCUGUGUUUCUUAGCAGCCGUCAGACAUCACCGGUUAACGGAACGUGUCUCUAACUACCAGGAGACUCUUUUCCAAUUCUCCGUUCUGGAUGAGCGACUGGAUUGGUCCUUCUGGCUGGGCGUGGCCAGCGUCGCUACGCACGGUGUGGUGUGUGUUGUCGUGGCAAUGAGCCGGAUCAAACUGCCCAAACCACAGAGCAAGAAACAGUCCGAGCAGCCAACCGUCACCGCUGAAGUCCUCAUGUACUGACACACACACACACACACACACACACACACACACACACACACACACACACACACACACACACACACACACACACACACACACACACACACACCACACACUCACAC